AAACUGUCGAAACAUCACCCCAGAACCAGUCAACAAGUUAGUCUUUUGGUCACCGUGUGAAGCUAGUCUUUUGGCCGCCGUGUGAAGCUCGUCUCACAGGAUUUGUGCACCAAGAUAGCCUAGCGCCCCGAAUCACUAGCAGAGCAUUCUUAUUCUCACUUACUUCCAUCUUCCGAGGCGGCCAGGGUCCAGCACCCCGCUCACUAGCAACAAAUUCCAAAUCCUGUGCUGCCAUGGCUCCAAGAUACUGGCUCUUCUUGGCCUGGUGGCUACCGCUGAUGCUGGCCGUCGUGGUGGCUGAGGAGCAAGCGGAAGGCUGCUCGGCUACGAGCUGUGGCAACGUCACCAUCUCUGACCCAUUCUGGCUCUCUGAUUGGCAGACGGAAAGAUCAUGUGGUUCCCCGGAUUUCGAGAUCACCUGCCUUAACGACACUCCAGUUCUACCAAGCUCUGUACCCAGCGUUGGAUUCACAAUCAUGGACAUCUCUUAUGAGGAAGAGAGCUUGCGCGUUGUGGAUGUCUGCAAGCUGACAUUGUUGCAAGCCUCCAACAGCUGCCAAGUAACGGUCUGGAACACCUCCGACAAGCUGGGCAUCCCGUUCAAGAUCGACCCCAUCAACCUGAACCUCGUGAUGUACAACUGCACAUCGGCUUCCAUGGUACGUCGGGACAGAGAGCUGGAGCAGACAAGAAUGAGGUGUGGGAACGAGAGUCAGGUGUUUGUCCGCACGGAAGGGAGUUACGAUGAGACGAGGGCUAUGGAGGGCUGCGACACUCUCGUAGUCGUGCCGGUGCUGGGUGGUGCAAAUGGCAAGGCAAACACGAGCGACUACGAGCAGCUCAUCGGCGGCGGCUUCCUCUUGAAAUGGCAGCGUGCACCUGUCAGUGGUAGAAAGAGGGCCUUCAGGAAGAUCAUGUUAAUAGCUUUGGCAUCAGCAGCUGCAACCUUGCUCUUUACAUGUAUUUAUUUCCUGAUAUGGCAUAAAAAGGGCAAACGACUAUGGUUUCUCAAGAAGACAAGUAGCAACAAUGAAAAGAAUUAUGAGGCCAUGAUAGUAUCUUAUGGAUCCCUAGCGCCAAAAAGAUACAUAUACUCAAAGGUAAUGAAGAUAACGUCUUCUCGCAGUGAUCAGCUUGGAAGAGGUGGUUAUGGUGUAGUUUACAAAGGAAGACUACAUGAUGGUCGUUUGGUUGCUGUAAAAUUCUUGCAUGACUGCAAAGGAAAUGGAGAUGAGUUUGUGAAUGAGGUUAUGAGCAUUGGCAGAACCUCUCAUAUUAAUAUUGUUAGCUUAUUUGGGUUUUGUUUGGAGGGAUCAAAACGAGCUCUUAUAUAUGAGUACAUGUCCAACGGUUCCUUGGAUAAGUACAUAUACUCAGGGAACCCAAAAGAAACUUUAGGAUGGGAGAGGCUCUAUGCGAUAGCAAUUGGGAUUGCUCGUGGCCUAGACUACUUGCACCAUGGCUGUAAUUCUCGGAUUGUUCAUUUCGAUAUCAAGCCUCAGAAUAUCCUUCUAGACAAGGAUUUUACCCCAAAGAUUGCUGAUUUUGGUCUAGCUAAAUUGUGUCAUGCAAAUGAGAGCAAGCUUUCGAUGACUGGUCCUAGAGGAACAAUUGGAUUCAUCGCUCCGGAAGUUCACUAUCGAAACUUCGGUGUUGUUUCAACAAAGUCAGAUGUUUAUAGUUAUGGAAUGAUGUUGUUAGAGAUGGUUGGGGGAAGGAAAAAUGUGAACUCAAUGGCAAAAAGUUCCAGCGAACAAUAUUUUCCAGAUUGGAUUUAUGACCACUUCGCAGCAGAUGAUGGAUUGCAAGCAUGUGAUGUCAGAAGCGAAAUUGAGGAAAUGGCAAAAAAGAUGACCUUCAUUGGCUUGUGGUGCAUACAGAUACUACCCAUUUAUCGCCCUACAAUAGCCAAAGUUCUAGAAAUGUUCGAGAGAAGCUUAGAUGAAAUGGAGAUGCCACCAAAGCAAAACUUUUGUGAACUACUUGAAGAUUCAGCUCAGAAUAUGAGCGUACAAAGUGCAAGUUCGACCAUUCCUGAAGACAUAAGCCUUGUGAAUUCAAAAAGCCUUGAAGAGUUACCAAGUCAUUGAGAAGGUUGGCUCUAUGUACUAGAUUCAGAAAUUAGACAGAAGUAAUGAAACUCAACCUUGUAUCGUGAAACAAAUUCCAUGAAUGUACGGACUAAAUUAAGGGUGGCACUAUGUGGAACAAACAGGCUCAGAUAAAUAUAUCUUUAAAGUUCCAUUGAUAUUGUCCAAGUUAGAAGAUGGAUCAUCUAAAGAUUAACUCAUCACAAAUUCCCACCAUUAUUAUUGGGAAAGGGUGCAGAGAAGAAGAGGUAUGAUGUGAUACCUUUUUGUUCAUCAUAGAUAGGAGUAUAGGAUUAGUGGUGAUGAAACUGGAAGUUGCCGAUUCUCUUGCACAAAAUAGUUAGUUCUGUCAAAUAGUUAACUCUGGCUUCCGUUCAGAAGUAGUAUGUCACCGACUCAACAGGAAACUGAAAAGGGGGGCAAUAGCAGGCACUAAAUAAUGUUUCGACUUUUAGAAUACCAGGCAUGGUUCUAACACUUUCACAUACACACAUGAUCACGAUUCACAUGGGAGGCACCCAAAGCCAUUAGAGAUUACUGUAUUGACUAUUUGGUAUGGAUCAAAACGGGAGGAAAACCCGAUCCUAGACAACUGGUGUUUAAAAUACCAGCCAUGAUUGUAACAGCCAACAAUUUACAUGGUGACAACUGAAGCUGUUUUAAGAUUGCUUCAUUAUAUCCGAAGCUAUGGACCAAACACAGGGACGGGGAUUACUUGAUGUUCAUGUGAGCUUGGCGUGCUAAGUCCCAACAGCAAACGUGGUCAGAUUCCUAUGCCGUAGGA